AUGUCUACUAUUCCUACAGUCAAGCUCAACAGUGGUUACGAUGUACCUUUGAUCGGUUACGGUACAUUCGGCGGCAACAAUGGCCCCAAGGAAGUCUAUGAUGCUGUCAAGGUUGCUUUGGAGGAGGGUUACAAGCACAUUGAUACAGCAUAUAUCUAUCGAACUGAAGAAGCAGUUGGUAAUGCUAUCAAGGAAAGCAAUGUCAAGAGAGAGGAGCUUUUCAUCACUACCAAGCUCUGGGGCAAUUUCCAUGAACCUCAACAUGUAGGUCCUGUCUUUGAACGCUCGCUUAAGAACUUGCAAAUGGACUAUGUCGAUCUCUACUUGAUCCACUGGCCCAUGUCUUGGGAAUUCAAGGGCUAUGAAUUCUCUGAGUGUAAGUCUAGUAAGAACGCAUCUGUCACCCAUGUGCCCAUCAUUGAUACAUGGCGUGCUAUGGAGAAGCUUGUCAAGGACGGUAAAGCCCGUUCCAUUGGCGUCUCCAACUUUACCAUCCCGAUGCUGGAAGAUUUACUGAGCAAAUGCGAAAUUCCUCCUGCCAUGAAUCAAGUUGAAAUUCAUCCUUCUUUGCCUCAAGAGGAAUUGCUGGCCUACUGCAAGAGUAAGAACAUUGUGUUGACCGCCUAUUCUCCUCUUGGCAAUCCUGGAUAUAAGCCUGGCGUUGUCAAAACCUUGGAUGAACCCGGCGUCGCUGAGAUAGCAAAGAAAUACAGCAAGACGCCUGUCCAAGUGCUUCUGAAUUGGGGUGUGAAUCGUGGUUACUGUGUUAUUCCCAAGAGUGUCACUCCUAGUCGUAUUAGAGACAAUCUCACUUAUUUUAAGAUGGACGAGAAGGACAUUGAAGCUAUUACUGCUCUGGGUCUCAAGCAUCCUGUGCGUACAUGUAAACCUGAAGAGUCGUUUGGUCCUGAGAAUGCCAUUUUUGAUUAA